AUGUCCUACUCCCCCGAAGCUACCAGCCGACCGGGUCCUUCUCCCGAGCGGGCCGCCGCACAAGACACGUCGUCCAGCUCAUCCGGGUCGUCGAGCUCCGGCUCAAGCGGAUCGGGGAGCUUCGACGAGGAAGAAGAAGAAGGAACCACGUCGGGGAGACAAGGAUCCCCGACCGAAGGCGUUAGGGAAACGCCCACUCGGGUGGUUGGGGACCACCCCAGUCCGGCUCCCGAGCCGACCGAAGAGGACACGGCCGGGCCAGCCGCCCCAGCUGUCGCGGAGUUCGAGUUCUUGAACAGCGAGAACGUCGAACAGCAAAUGAGCCAGCUCACCAAGGGCGAGGCGGCUAGGAUUGCCGAAAGGCUCAUGGGUCGGAUAUCCCGGGCCGCCCAGCUCUUACAAGGUCGAGCCAUGCUGGCCGAGGAAGCUGAUCACCACAAGAAGACGGCCGCCCAUCGCUUGAAGGAGAUCAAGGACCUCCAAGCCGAGUUGGAGAAGACCCAAAAGGUCGCCAGCCGGGCGAUCGGAGAAGCCAAGGAGCUGAAGGCUCAGCUCGAGAAUCCGAGCGAGCUGGCGCGGGCAGCCUUCAAAGACAGGGAGUUGGGCUCGGCCUUCCUCACCGCAGCCCGGGGAACAGAGAUCGGGGAAGAGCUGAUCGUCUCUUUCGGUCGCUGGGGCUUUACGGCCGGGAAGCGGAAGAUGCUUGAACGAGUCCGUUCCCGGUUGGAGCAGGCUCUAGACGGGGAAGACCUUCAGCUGGUCCUCUCGGCAUUGCCCCCGGACCUAGCCGAUCCCGGUCCCUCUCCCUUCGCCCCAAAAGCCAAGGCGUCUGAAGCCGGGGCAUCAACGGCGGCCACCCCGAGCGGAAAGGAACCGGCUGCCGGAGCUCGGGAGAUGAAGAAGUAA